AUGGUUGCUGAGUCUCAUAUUGCCUCCCACGUUCGUGACGUUGGUCAGCAUGCCUUGAACUAUGCAUCCUCUGGCGCAGCGACUGCGAAGAAAGCGAUCAUAGACCACGGGCCCAAGGCUGUAACAUCAGCUGCCGCCUGGACGGCCGAAAACCCGGCUGUUGCCGCCUGCGCUGUCGCCGGGACCGCCGGUGUCGCUCUCAUGGCUGCCCCGGCUCUCGCUUCUGUGCCAGUGCUCUCUGCUAUGGGUUUCACGGCUGGCGGAGUCCAAGCUGUCAGUUUCAACGAAACAGGGACCCUGGCGGCUACCAUCCACGGAGGCAUCGGAAACGUCGCGGCCGGCAGCAUCUUUGCGACUGCUCAGAGUGCGGCUGCUGGAGGUGCCGGACUAGCGGUUGUUAAUGGGGCCGCUCAAAUAUGCGGAGGGGUGAUAACUGCUGGUGUUGGAGGUGUCGCGUGGCUGAAAUCCAAGUUGUGA